GGGAAGCGGCUGUGGCGGAGCGCGAUGCGGCGGCAGCAGCCGGGGCGGGAAUGGCCGCUGCCGGGAGCCGUCGGGGCUCUGUGCCGGGCCCUGCCGCCCCGCUCCCGGCCCGCCCCUGAUACCCUCCGCCGCGCCAGGUUCGACCGGCCGCAGGCGAGCCUGGAUUUCUGGAGGCUGCUCUACGCUCUUCUGAAACAAAUCCACGGAGGCAAGUGGACAGAGGUUGAUGCCAUAGAUAACCAAAUUAGGUUUGUAAAAUCAGCGUUGUGGUACCAUGGCUAUGACAGGCCAGAACUCUACCAGCUCCCCUCUGACGGCUCAGCGGGUAGUCGGGAGCUGCUGCUGGCAUUCUCCUGGCUGCUGCACAGACUCAGCCUCCUGGAGCAGCUUUUGGCUCAGAACAGAGUAAAGACUGGGGAUGAAACCUCUGUGUGCACGUGUGAAGAUGAUCUCCCUAACAGCCAGAAGGGUACAACUGAAAUAGCACCUGAACAUGGACUAGAAGACAGAGUAGAUGUUAGAUACCUUCAGUGGUUAAAUGGGAGGCUGAGGUUCCAGUGGCGGAGUUUGCAUGCUCAGCACCAAGAGCUUUGCAAACUUUUGCACAAGAUUCAUUUAUUCACUAGUGGCUCCCAUAUGGACCAGAUCCUUGGACAUUUUUCUGUCACAGAAACAGACCUUGUUAGACAACCAGAGAACUACAAGCAGCUAUUACAGCUUCUGGAGUCUGAAACCAUGCAGCUGGAAGCUUUUCUGGAGUGGAAGCAACUGGAACCAGUUUAUUGGCAGUGGAUGGAAACUGUGUUAGAUAAUAUGGCUGAAGAGGGAAAUAAGUGUGAGUCCCAGUAUACUCACACAGAGAAAAGUGGGCUGCCAAAGGUGACCUCGUGCUGUCCCUGGGCUGACAGUGUGACUGGGAAAAUUGACAAAUUAUCCAGAAAUCUAAUGACUCUCCAGGACCAGCUGCAUAAGCUUGUAACUCACCGAAAGGCUGCGUGGUGUGAGAAGGCUAGCUGUAGGGCCUGGCCUUGGACACUUGCAGGAGUCACGAUGGCCAUUCAAGCAGCUUCACAUCCACCUACACCUGCGGCUUGCCAUCAAAACUGUGAGCUAGUAAAAACAAGAGAGGAAGAACUACAGAAGGAGGGGUUCUCUGCCAGUGCUAGAAAGAUACAGGAAAGUGUCAAACUAAAAUUGCUAGAUCUUACACACCUGUGCGCUCAAAAAAAAAAUAAAAUGCACGGUUCGUGCAGACUGGUGUUCAGAAGCAAACAUUCUGCCAGCAAAAUGGGCUUUCGGAGGUCUGUAUCCAAGGAGCCUGUCUCAGCUGUCAGUGCUACAGAGGUGAUCAGAGAACUGCAGAUGAGAGAGGCCAGCCUGGAGAGAGAGCUGAAGCAGCUGCGGGAAGAGUGCAGGCAGAGGCUGGAUGAAAUUGCAGAAGGGUUGGCUGGGGUGAUUUGUAUCUCCCCCUGAAGAGUUAAAGUUGGACUGAGAAGAGCAAAGGAAUAGACUGACUUGGUCAGAACACAUUGUGCAGCUUGGCAUGGAGGAGUGCAAGGUGAGGAACCAAAUGUAAUUUCUAAUUUUUAAGCCUGGGAAUCAUAACUUGUUACUGCUUUGUGACUUGCGCUGGGGCCAUAACCUUGGUGGUUCUCUCUGCAGCCCCUUUAUUGCUAACCUUGCCAAUUAAAUUCUGCAGCAGGCCUUGGUGGGAGUGUGUGUAAAUCUCCCUUUUAUCUUUCAGAUUUCUAGCUCUUCUGCCAAGCACUGGGCUCUUAGACAGUGCUCAGCUGCUAGGCACAGCAUACAUUGAGGCUGUGCUUUGAAGUACUAAUUGCAUUCAAUAUUUUCCAGCAAAUGGAAGAGUUCAUUAUUCAGAAAAAUCCAGGUAUUGGAGAACAUGCAAAGUACCAAAGCUUAGAGAGAUUGGAAAUGUUCAAGAAAGUGUGCUGUUUUAAUUCAGCUGUUUUGUAUAUUUGUGGCAGCUAUAAUGCAGUCAUCGUAAGAAAAAAAAAAAGCCAAAUAAUAAAUAAAGCAGCACACUGAUUUCAUUUACUGGUGUGAUGCACUUGAAGUAAUUGGGUUCUCAAAGAGAACAAACUAGAAACCUAUUCCACAGAGUUAUGAGUCACAAUGAGGUAACUUAUGGAUCUGCUAUAAGAAGUUUCUGUAAAAUAGAAAUAUGACCUCAACUUCCAAGCUUGAGGAGUCUCCCAGCUCUGUCUCCAGAGGCUUUUUCCCCUGGAACAUGCAAAUGUUUUUCACUUGGCAUUCAUUUCCUACCUUUUUCUGGUUUGCUUUCACCAAGGAAUAUUUUUAUAUUCUAGUUGUAUACU